CUGCCGUAAACCCGGCGUAGCAUGACGUGAAGCCGAUUUGUAUCCGUGUUGACAGAGAAGUAAACUGUUAAAGCCAUUAAAUCCGAGCCGCGCUGGGUUUCAUGUUCGAAGUGGGAUACCAGGGAUGAUAGUAGAGCCGGUGCAGUGUAACAACAUGGUGGACGUCGUGUAGGCUUUGAGGAGCCAGAAGAUGAGUUGAUCCCCAGCAAAACCAGCUCGAAAAUGGCAACAUACAACGCCGAAGGAUCUGUUGUGGUGGAGGUGAGCCCAGACAUCCAUAUCUGUGGCUUCUGCAAGCAGCAGUAUAAUAAUUUUGAGAUCUUUCUCGCCCAUAAGCAAAAUGGAUGCUCCCUAGCAACCUCUGACCCGCCAUCUGCCACUGCCACAGCCACGCUUACAGCCUGUCCCAUUCUUGUCCUGCUCCUCAGAUUCGAGUUUGUGUUCGAGGAAACCUACCAGACCUGCGUCGUGAGAGGUGUCAAAAAGAUCCUGACCAAAGCACAGAAAACACCUUCCAAAAAAUUAAAACCUUCCCUGACUUCAAAGAGACACAGCUGCUGUUUCUCAGGUUGCACUUUUAAGACGCAGUACGGCCAAAAAGACAUGGAGCGGCAUCUCAAAACCCACACCGGUGAGAAGCCAUUUGAAUGUGAGCUGUGCCACAAGCGCUUCAGUCGGCGGGACAAGCUCAACAUGCACAGCCGCUCGCACACCGGGGAGAAGCCGCACAAGUGUAAACACUGUCCCUACGCGGCGGCCGACAGCAGCAGUCUGAAGAAGCACCUGCGGAUCCACUACGACGAACGGCCUUUCAAAUGCCAGAUCUGUCCAUACGCGAGCCGCAACUCCAGCCAGCUCACCGUGCACCUCCGCUCACACACUGGGGAUGCGCCUUUCCAGUGCCAGCUAUGUGACGCAAAGUUCAAAAUCAACUCCGACCUGAAGAGGCACAUUCGGAUUCACUCCGGCGAGAAGCCUUACAAGUGUGACUUUUGUGAGUACCGCUGCGCCAUGAAGGGCAACCUGAAAUCUCACAUUCAGAUCAAACACGGCACUGAGAACUCCUUCCACUGCGGGCACUGUGAUUUCCAGUGUGCCAGCAAGAACGCUCUGCGGCAACAUACGCGAGAGCACCAACCCAUUCAGGCCAUCCAGUGUUCCAAGUGCACUUACUCCUGUGCCAGCAAGGGGGCGCUCAAAGUCCACGAGAGGAUCCACUCAGAGGAGCGCCCUUUCAAAUGUGACUUCUGCAACUUUGCCUCCAAGCAACGCAGCAACCUCGUCAUCCACAAAAAGAAGUGCCACUCAGAUAGGCCUGAAAAAGACAGCGGUGGGAAGGGGGGCAGAGGUGGAGGGAAAAGCGGAGGAGGUGACUCCCCGAAGCCUGUCGCCUCCAGAUUUCGAGCCAAACUAGAAGCGGCUCGAGCUUUCUGCUGUGACUCGUGCAACGCUUCCUUUGUGAGGGAAGACUCCCUGCGGAGCCACAAGAAGCAGCACAGAGACACUCAGAAUGCGUUGCACCUCCAGCUCUCCACCCCGGCGGACGCAGUCAGCAUGGUCUCAACGUCACAGAGCAGCAGCACCCAGCUGGACCUUCCUAUUUCAGUUGACUCGAUGGCUCCUUACAGCAGUGCACAGCUCAAAAUCAUCGUAUCUCACCCUCUGGGCCAGGAAAACCGCUUAAUUCCAUCUGGUCUGGAUAGUCAGCAUAAGACCAACAUGGUCCUGUUAAGCCCGGAGAACCAGGACAUGGUAGUCAACUCCAUGAUCCAACAGGUCAACCUGCUGGCGCCUAUGCAAGCCCUCAGGGCGUCCCAAACGGCAGAAGGUACUCUUGAACCCCAGACGGUCCUGUUGACGCAGCUCGGCCCCGGCGACGGCAACAACCCGCUCCACCAGGCCCUGCUAGGGACGGCCAUAAGCGCUCAGGACCCCAGCAGGGGCUCGCAGACUUUCAUCACAACCUGCUCCGAGCUGGGGGGCCUCAACGCCCUGAUCCAGGAGGGCGGCACGGAGGUGACGGUGGUGACGGAAGGGAACGCCGCCAUGUUGACCACGGCAACCGCACCCAGCAUGGUGUGCGGUCCGUCGGAGGACAUGUCCAAGCCGGCGGGGACGGUGAUGGUCGUGGAGAGUGCCUUGCCCUGUGAGGAGAGUGCCUUGCUGGUGCCAAACAUCAGCCUGGGCAGCCAGAACGUGGUCAUCCACGCCGUUCCACUGAUAGUGUCCACUCAGCCACAGCUCUCUCCUCACACACUCUACUCAGACACACACACACUGGACGGCAUCCCGCAAUGAGUGGAGGCUUCGAUGGCUUUUUCUGAAAAUAGAACGACUGCAACUGCAUCAUAGACGGGGCUGGGUAUCCAUACCGGUGAUAAAACGAUACAGUGCCGGAGCCUCACAUUUCAAUGAUUUAUUUAAACUGUAAUACCUUUUAUAAGAAUAACUCUUUUCACCAGUGACAUGCUGUUAUACGACAUAAACAAGAGCCACUAGAUGGCAGAAGGGUAUUUUUACAACAUUGAAUGAACCAUGAUCUUACGAAGUGCAGUUGAAGGCACCAUUAAAGCUACAUUGUGUAACUUUUGUAGUUCAUUAUCAAAAUCUGUGUCGCCCGUUUACAAACUUGUCCUUUUCUAUGAAUAUUGACCACCACGUUCAAUUUCAAGUAUUGUCCAAUUGGCUUGAAAUUUUACAUUUGCGCUUGCAUGAACUGGGGUAGACUCCCCAUAGUCGUGCGCCAUCUUGAAAUACGUUAGCCUGUAAGGGACAUACAGGACGUACUGCUUGUACUUGUCUUUAGCGUUUUGACUCACAUGUAUUCAAAAUCCAAAUUUCAGGAACAGGAAUCUUCUUCUUUGCCCAGAAAAAGAAAACGGAUAUUGAAAAGAGCGAUAGACUGGCGCCAUCAGAAAGAGGAGUGAAUGUGCCCAGGUUGGAUCAGGGUAGAGCGAGCGCCCAUGUACUGAGAGGUUUAUGCCUCAAUGCAGAGGUCCAGGGUUCAAAUCUGACCUGUGAUGAUUUCCUGCAUGCCUCCCCUCUCCCCUUCCUGACUUUAUUGUCCCGUCAAAAAUUAAAUUUGGAAAAGCCCAAAAACUAAUCAUGAAAAAAAAAAAGAGUGAACAUUGGAGCGGGUUUAGACGCACAAAUCCCAACUAGUUAAUCAUCCUCCGGGCCAGUCUCUUCUUCUUUCUCUCUCCUUUCCGUUGGGUGGCGCGCGUGCCCGCUUUAAUUUGCCGUGUUAACGCCACUAGCCAUGAUAUCGCGAGAAGACGGUUGGCUUUAGUAAAAGAAGAAAGCGACGGUUAAGUUUAGGAAACAUGACACGCGGUUGGGUUUAGGAAACAAAGAAACCCACGGGUGUACUUAGGAAACAUGACACCUGGUUUCCCACAACCUGUGUUUUACCCAUCCCACCCCUUUACCCCCCCCCCCCCCGACCAUCCUCCCUACGUGGAUUUUUGCCCUCUCACACUACUACGCCGUUAAUUCACAAGCUGGAGAUGAGAUGAGGCUGUGCUGUAAUCUCUCCCACCAUGUAUUCUGUAUGCAUAUCUAGCUACGUACUUCUGAGACAUAGCUGGACCUAAGAAAAAUAAACUAAAAUGACA